CCUCUCAUCCUCCCCAUUACGCCUCUUGCUCAGGAAGGGUCCAGGAAGGGUCCAGCGAGCUAUAAAAAUCUGCUGAGGGGAACCCUUACUUACUUGUAGUCCCAUCACCUCAGGAAAGGAUCAACCAUGAAACUCUACACAGCAGCCAUUCUGACCAUCGCUUUUUUCGAGCUCUUCAGUGUAUAUAUUAUUACAGGAACGCUUGGAUCUCAGACUAUGGCACUCGACUCCUGUAUAACCUUGGACACAAAUGAAAUGAACAUCCGAAGAUUUGCUAGUUAUACAACCCAAACCAGACCAGUAAAAGCUGUGAUCUUAAUCACCAGAAGAGGUGUCAAGGUCUGUGUGCCACAUGAUCUUCCAUGGGUGACAAAAACCAUGAACUACUUGGACCGAAAAAAGGCAAUACAACAAAGAAGAACGACAUCUAGGAACAUGACCAGCUAAGCUGCAGCACAUCAAAUCAUCAAUAGCUGCUCAUAACUUUGGCUAAUUCCUGACUGGAAAUAAAGUUACUGAACUGAUGUAGUUUCACUGGAAUCUAUUCAUCCAUCAAAGCAAUGCUGAUGCAAUCACAGCAUUUUAAUGCUGCCUUUAGUCUUAAUUAUUUUAGGAUAACCUUUUUUAUUUAUUGGAAGAAGGCAGCUCUUUCAAUAUUUUCAAUUGUAGCUGUUUUCAGUGUUUGGGGAGUACUUAUUCAGAGUUUCCCUUUUCAUCAUAUUGUUUCUCUGGUUUAUAGUGUCCUUCGAAGACAAUAUUAAUCUAGAGUGUUCUAUGAUUGCAUACAACUUAUUGUUCCACUCUUAGGAUGGCUGAGGGCUUCCUGUGCUUAAGAUAUCACUGAUUAUACAAACAUAAACCUCAGGGGAUGCUGGGGGUUGCGGGGAGAGGAGCCCUAGAAACCAAUCUGGCACUUACAAAAUGAUGAGGCCCCCAUGGAUAUUCAGAAUGUCCUUUUAUCUCAUGAAGCUUCAUGUGAAUAGCCAGAUUUCUAGGUAAAGCUCAUCAAUCUUCCACAGUGCCAGUUAGCAAAAGAGUUUUGGCCCUAGCUAGGUCCCUAAGAUACAUAUGGCUGUAAGGAGGUUGUUCCUAUUGUGCAAAUAUAUGAGGAAAUAGCUAAUAGAAGGAAAGCAACAUCAAGAAAGAACUCAAGGACAGGCCUGUUUAUUAAAACGGAUGUGGACUUAUGUAUUGGAAUAAAUAGAACGAGCUGCCUGUAAUUCAAAUUUGUGCUUUCUUCAUCUGCUUCAUGUUUAGUACAUGAUCACUGGAAACUUUCGUGGAAUGUAUAAUACUGUCUCUUGCUGCCAUUCUUCAAAAUUGUGUACCUUUUCGUUUCCUUGAUUUUUUGAAGGGACUGUCAUCUGUUUUGAAGAACUUUUAAAAAUUAAUCAACUAACUUCCUGUCAUUGCAUCCAUUUGCUGAUCAAACUAGACGUUACAGCAAGAGAAUACAGGUGACAGUGAGAAUAUUUGAAAAAGAUAGCUAUUAUUGUUUUUGGUCAAGAGUACAAAAAGAAUAAUGCCAUGCAAUCUUUUGAAGAGCAUCUUAAAUGUCUUAGCUGAAUGAAGAGAUAUACUUAUAUUAAUUCAAAGACAUUCAUGUGAACUUAGUUGUUCAUUCAGUUGUUGGUUUUACAACACUUGGGAUCAAAUUACUUUUACCAUGCUUUUACUAUGCACUUAAUAAAUCAG